AUGCCAACUCGUGAGAAACCAAUCGACAUCGUCCUAAUUCUCCUCAAACACUUAAACCAAAGAAACCCAGAUCCCACUCCCCAAAGCAACCCAGAUCCCACUCCCCAAAGCAACCCAGAUCUUCUUCAUAAUACCUUGAAAAAAAUCAAAGCCGUGCUUGAAGACAUCAAAGAUGACUCGAUCCCUCGAUUCAAUCACUGCAAUGAAGCUCUUAUUGAAAAACUCACCCAAUUAGAGUCCUACAUCGCUGACGAAGACAAUAUUAAAGAUAACAUCAAUUGGAUCGAAGAAAACCUUGGAGAAAUUCAGGAUUUAAAAACCCGGAUUCAACGACUAGAAUUGGGAAAAAAGCCACCACAGGAAGAUCAAUCGGUAGAUGAAGCCAAUAAAGAUUCGAGGGAUUGGUUGCAAUUAAGGGUUGAGGAGAACAUUCUAAAUUCGCCUGCCAUGGUUCAUCUUCAGCGGAGCUAUGAUGUUCUGGAUAUUCAACUCAAGCUCUGUUUGCUCUGUUUGGCAAUUUUUCCUCAGGAAAAAGUUAAGAAAAAGUCAUUGAUCUAUUGGUGGAUUGGGGAAGGUUUGAUAAGCAAAUCUAGAGUUAAGUCCGCGGAGGAGGUAGGGGAAGGAGUGUUUCUGAAGCUCAUUGAGAAGGGAUUGAUACAACCAUACUCCAAAAACCAGAAAAAACCUAUUGUGGAUGGUUGUACAACGCAUCCUUGGGUUCGUCGAAUGUUGAUUGCAGCCGCUAAAAAAGCCAACUUCUUUGAUUUUGAUGAUGCCGGUAAGAUUAAUGUGGAUAAUAAUAAUGCCUUGAACUCGCAGCGUGUUUGCUUAGUUGUGGGUAGUGGAAGUCUUAGAGAGGAGGAAUUGUUCACAAUAUUCAAUGUAAAUGUGGAUUACUUGAGUUUGAAGGCUAAAUUGUUUUCAAAAUUUAGGAAGCUUGUGGUUGUUCAAUUGGGUAGGUGGCAGAACUCAACUGAACAUCAUAUUGAGGUGGAUGGUGAAGAGUUCUUGAAGGAAUUAGGGGCACAAAAGCACUUGAGGUAUCUUAGUCUUCAUGGGAUUUCGAGAAUUACAGCAUUACCUCCUUCAAUUGUUAAGUGCAUCAAUCUUGAAAUUCUUGACCUUAGGGCUUGUCACAAUUUAGAAAGAUUGCCUUCUGAUAUCGGGGCAUUGAGGAAGCUCACACACUUGGAUGUAUCCCAAUGUUACUUACUCGAAAGCAUGCCAAAGGGGAUCGAAAAGAUUGCUUCGCUCCAAGUGCUUAAGGGUUUUGUUAUAGGACAUUCGAGGAAAAAUCCUUGCAAGUUGGGUGAUCUUGGUCAGUUGAAGAAACUGAGAAAGCUGAGUAUACACAUAGGGAGUAAUGCAGUUACUGAGGAAGGAGAGCUCAAUAAGUUGAAGGAAAUUACGAGUCUUCGAAUCCUAACAAUUUCAUGGGGGCAAGUAGGCAUGAAGACGACACCGAAUGGACAAGCUCCACAGUUGACUGAAACUGCUUCCUUCACAAUGAGGUCUUUCUCAUUUCCACCAAAGUUAGUGAAACUGGAUCUUAGGUGCCUCCCUCAAGAAAAAGCCCCGGAGUGGUUAAAACCUAGCAACAUGGAGGAGUUAAAGAGGCUGUACAUUAGGGGAGGAAAACUCGUUUGCUUGGAUCCAGAGGAGAAUAAGAAGUGGAAAGUGGAGAUUUUACGGUUGAAAUAUCUGAAGAACCUGAAACUAGAGGGAAAAAUUUUGCAGAAAGAUUUUCCUGAUCUAGUUUACUUUGAGAAUAUUGGUCCCUAUCUUGAUGACGACACCCAAUAUGAAAUGAAUGUUGAGUGGAAUAAUGCUGAGGGAUGGGAAGAACUCAGAAGGAAGCUCGAAUCAACUUCUACGAUUAGAAGAGAAAAUCAAGACAAAGAUGAAAGAGCUGGGACUCUAUCUGCCUAUGAAUAA